CAGAGUGCAAUGCGAUAUGGACGGUGCAUGCUAGCUGCAUGAGGUUUGCUUGAAGAUAAAUAAUCAAACACAAUCAGCUCAUUUUAUUUUACGAACAAGAAACCGUGAAAAAGGAGUUGUAUUUUUUUUUCGACUUAAAGAGAGAAUUGGUUUCAAUGUUUAGCUAUGUUCCAGUCGAUGCGCCGAGUCUUUGAGAGUGUGGAAAAGACUCUACAUACGCUUGCCUCUCACGGCGAAGCGGGCGAACAUCCCUGGGACAACGAGCCCAACCUGUUUAAGAGAGACAUCAUGAUCUGCGCCUCACAUCUCGGAGAUGGCAACGAUGUAGAAGUCAGAACGGAAGCUGUGAGGAAGAUUGGUCAUUUGGCCUACACAGGAGGCGCUGAAGCAGCAAAAUGCGCAGCCACCUACCUCCCGAUCAUUGCCGAGAUACUCAAAGGCGAAACUACCACUUCAUCCUCGACGGCCCUUAAGACCGAAGUUGUCAAGGCGCUGAGUGAAAUAUGCCGGGCGCACAAGGAUAAUUGCAGCCAGGUAUGCGAGGGGCUUGUCCUGCUGCCCGUACUGGCGGAGUUGGUCACUUCACACGCCGACCCCGCCCUAACGCGGUGGUCUUGCUAUGCCUUGGUGGUGGUGUGCGCUUCCAGCACCAAGGUGGUCCGGGCGCUGAUGGAGUAUUAUUCCGAGACGGACGGCGGGAAUUUGAAGGAAUGUCUAGAGGAGAUGGAGGAGGGAUCCUGGAAGGGAUGGCCGAGGAACUAUGCGGCCGUGAUCAGGGACUUCCUGGGGCACGUCAAAGUGGACUUGAAUGCAAAAUGAAAGUGAUGAGGGGCGUCUUGUCUAAGGUGAUGAUGAAACACAUUUUAAAAAAUGAAUGGGACUGGCGGGCUGUGUAAAUAAUGGCUGUGAUAUAUUCAUGUGGAAUGCAUCGUUCAUAAUCGUACCAAAAGGAUGCAAUGACAGUGACACUUGUUCAGUUCACUGUAAUUGGUCUUAAUAAAUGGAAGUCUUUCUGUAAAAAAAAAAUGAUAUGUGCAUAAGACGUUCAUUGUCAGGUAAAAGGAAAUAAGAAUUAAGAUGACAAUUCUGGUGCAACUUUUUUUAGGGGGUGGGGGGGGGGAACUCUUUUGCAUAUUUCCUAACGCUGAGAACAUAACUCAUUAAAUGAGUAUUGACACAAACAAAACGAUAUCAUUUUGCACAUACUCAUGUUAUUUGGGUCACUACAACAGUCAUCAUUAUUUUAGUCUGAUAUUACAUAUACAUUGUACAUAUUCAGGAGAUCACAAAUGACAAAACACAGACAUUCACGAUUUAAUAGCUUAUUAUACAGCAUUACAUUCCAAUAAUAUUCACCACAACGUAUUAAGCUAUGAUACAAGUUCAAAAUAUGUCUAUUAUUAUGUAUUGACAUACUUUUUUUCCCACUUAGAAUUAAGUUCAGAUUAUGCUGUUAACAGAAAACUUAGCUUCGUUGUACUUCUGGAGUUUGACAUCUCUGUACGCAAACUAAAGGAACGUACAACACUGUUACCAGAUUUUGUGCAUUCCAAUCUUUUUGAAUGUUUACAUGCAAAGCAUUUCUGCCCAGCCAUUAAUAGGUUUGUUUAACAGUGAAAAGAAAUUGCCGAGUGACCAAAGUGAAAUGGCUAUAAAGCCAUGUCCGAAUCACUUGUCAAGAGCCAUUGUCUUGGUUUUCGACAUUCACAACCAUGUGGGAACACGCUGGCAACAGAUUUAUAUAGCUCUUCAAGUCCGUGUCGUAUAAGGCCUUUUGCAUGUGACAGGCUACUAUUAACGUGUUGCCAAGCAUUCAAAGUUCAUAAGCAAUAGGUUCUGAUUGUCAGCUCCACAAAUGUUGACUAAGCCCAUCCAGAACUAUCCAUAGUCAGGUGGCAUAUGACCGGAAUGGUGACCGACUGGUCCACAGCACCAACCUUGGCAGAUAGAUUCCUAUAGCCCUAAAGAAGAUAUUUAGAAGGGGGUGACACCUGGAAUUCUUUUUGGAAGGGUGCCUAAUUUGCAUAAAUCGUUAACACCUGCCAUGUAAUAUAUUUAUUCCCAUAUUUGGGUAUGUGUUUAUUUUUUAAAAAGUCUUUGUUGACGGUUCUACUUCCGUAUCGUUAAUUAAAUAAAAUUUUCUAAAUUAUUUAAGUGACUGAAUAAUCAUGAGGACAUAAUAAAGAUACACAAUAGCUACUAUUAUACCCUAAAGUUGCUUGCACUUUACUUGUCCUCAGAUAUCUUCAAGUAGUCUCGCCAAACAUGAGUAUUGAUGAGCUGCAAAUUCACAAAGUUACUUACUGGCAAAAAUAACCAGGACUCUAGGGCUAUAUGAAUAUACCUGCCAAGUUUGGUGCUUUGAACCAGUCGGUCAUGAUCUUGACAAAUAUUGGGUCUAAGCCACCUGACUAACAAACAAGCAGAAAGCAAUCCCUUUGAUGGCGUGAAUUCUCAGCCACAAUAUACAUGUACUAUUAAAGCAGAUUUACUGAGUUUGUGCUUGGCAGCUUAAUUCGAGUCAAUGAACAGAAUGUACAGGCCAUAGCACAUGAUUAAUGUACAAAUGUCACAGCUAUACUAUUGCUAAAAACAACUUAAUAUAUGUAUCUACUACCAAUUUGAGACCAACAUUUUAUUAACAUAUCUUCAAUUACCCCCCCCCCAAAAAAAAACACCCCACAUUUAAAAUAAAACAAAAAAAACCAAAAAUAGCUAAAUAAAAACAAAAAUAUAAAAGCCAAAACAAUUAUUUCUUCAGAGGGAAAAAUGUUAUUAGUCCCAAAUUCACUUAUUAGAAUGAAUGUAACAGCAUUAAACAAUAAUGUGACAUUCAAACCAACCAUUACAAAUUACAGAGUCAAUUCUAAAAUUAUCAAAGCAAAUAAUAAUAAUAAUGCAUACUUUUGUCAAUUUUAGAGUUUAUUGGUAUAAAAAUAAUCUGAAGUAUUGACAGAUUUUUUUUAAUUGACAAAGACAAUCAUCAGUUAAUUUCAACGACAGCACCACAACAAUUCACCACAGUAUUUGUGAUGAUAUAACUAUUCUAUUCUUACAAUUCAUAUAACAAAAUUCAAACUACAUCGUACAGCCUGUUUCUGUACCAAAAACCUAUGUUUGAUUUGCCUAAAAUCAAAUUUUUGAGGGGCACAUUUAGAUGUGCAAAUUGCAAAACUCAGGACACUUAAAUAUCUAUAGAUUCUUACAGGGACUUGAUUUCUAGUAUACAUGUACGAGUACAUCAAUUUCUUAUCAACAGGUUUUGGAUGUAGCAUUUUUGUGUUCACCUCUAAAUCGUAAACAGUUAGUUACAAAUUUACACUUACUUUUAUAACAAAUUAUAGUUCUAUUGAAAAGAAAAUGCCCACUUCAAUGUUAAAAAUGAAGAAAUUGCCCAAAAACCUGUUACUUCUUGCAAAAAAUACACUUCUUUUCCAAAGCUUUAUCACAAAAAUCCUGUAAACUAAUUUAGUGUAAACAAGGUUUUCUAUAACGAAGAAUUAUAACUACAUUUAUUGAUAAACUUAAUAGUAGUCAACUGCAAUAAAUUGAUUUAUUAGUCUGUUGCUGAGCUUGCAUGCAGUGUACCCAACCUCCUCUGCCCUGAUUUUUUUAAGACUAUCAAUUUGUUACAUUUAGAGGCCGGCAUUAAAAAGUAUACAUCUAUAUUUUUAAGAGUACAUCAAAAGUACAUUUUCAGACAACUGCAUUUGUGAAAUAUCUAGUCCUACAGACUAAUCAUCACAAAUGCCAAUAAAUAAUCAGAAUUAACUGCUGUUAUCCAAAUAAUUGACACUUCUAGAACCUCUACAGAAAAAUCCUUUGUACAUAGAAUUGACUAGUCAACAAUGACAAAUAUGGUUAUGCUUGUUCAGUUGAAACGUGUAUAAUACAAAGGCUUUCAGAUACGAAAAGUGCAACAAUAUUGUUUCCUUUGAAAAGUCAUGCAUUGUUACUACAGCUCCUGUGUUUAUAUGUUCUUAAUAUUAACAUGUGUAAAAACAAAAGCAAUUACAAGGGGUCUGGUUUAGAGUAGGGUGAGUGAGCAGGGAGGAUAGGGACAAGAUGUGUUUAAAACAGGCCACGUGUCAUAAGUAUGA